AUGCACCUGAAUCUUCUGACCAGCUUGGUGCUUGCUUGCCACAGUGAGAGUGACCUGCGGGACCCAUUUGCCAACUUUCACUCCUUCGCGGAGCGAAUAGAGCUCGACAGUAUGCCUGCUGCAUUGGCAGCAGGCCACUUCUAUGCGCACAGAUUUCGACUUCCCAGCCCCGUCGAAAACAUCGUCCUUUGCAUUCCGCAAAAGAAUGGCAAUCGCUACUUUGGGGCGCUGAUGCAUUUGCUGCACUUCGGAGGUGCCCCGGGCUCUGUGGAUGAGAUGCUGCAGGGCAUGUCGAGGUAUGAUCACACCUUGGUGCAAGAGACCGACCGCGUCUGGAUACUGGCUAGGAAUCCCUACUCUCGGAUUUUGUCGCUUUAUUUGCAGAAGGUGGCAAACGCCUGCAAGUUUGGGUCAUUGGGCUGCAACGACUGGGAGGAGCAGAUGAAGCUUGCGAGCAUCAUGGGCUAUGAUGCUUCGAAGCCUCCCAGCUUCCCCGCCUUUGUGGAGCUCAUGGCAGAGAUGAUUCUGCGGCUUCAGGCAAAUGGCAUCACGGCCUGCCUUUUGAACAAGCACUUCUGUUCGCAGACCUCCGGCUGCGCUUGGCGCGAAGCAAAGGAGCUGCUGGUUCUGAAGCUGGAGCAGCAGUGGCAGUGGUUCUGGCCGCUGGUGAGGGCCUUGGGCCUCACGAGCGAGCAGCUCAUGGGCGAGGCCUGGCGGGUCUUCAGCGGCAUGCCGUGCCUCUACGGCCGGAACUGCACGGAUCGCGUGGCGCCCACGCCGCCCCUGGUGGACCGAAUCCACGGCACCGGCGCCAGCCAGCUGCUGGCAGAGCACUACACGCCCAGAGCUGCAGCUUUGGUCCGAGAAAUCUACAAAGCCGACUUCGAGCUGCUUCGUUACGGAGAGCUUUCCUAG